CGCACGCGGCUUCAGGGGCGGGUCCUCCGGCGGCGUGGGGCGCGCAGGGCGCUGCCCCCAGAGCUACGUCGGCUGGCUCACGUCUGCGCCAUGGCGGCCUGGUUUGUUCUGCGGCUGGCACGAGCUGAGGCGCUGAAGACUAUGCUCCUGGAAGUGCCCGUGCUCCGAGGACUUGCUUCUACAGUUUCUCUCUCUGCACAGUCGGGCAAGAAUGAAAAGGAACUGCCACCAAAUCCCAAGAAACCAAGUCCACCAAAAAAUGUAGAGAAACCAAAGGAGAAGGGCAAGCUACUAACCACCCGCCCAUCAGCCCUGGUGCCCCCCGGCUGGUCUCCUGAUGCUUCCUCCCCGGCAGCUGGGAACAGAGGCAGGGCAGUGGCUGGCACUCACCCCAGUGGCAGUGGCAGCGAGCUGCUCACGGAGGAAGGGCUCCCGAAAGCUUUGGCGAGAAAGACUUUGGUAGCAUUUCCUCAAAGGGUUCCAUCUCCAUUCAGUGCGCAGGGUUUGGGCACAGAGGCUCAUGGGGGUGCCCGGAAGGAGACAGAUUCUUCAUCUUCAUCUUCAUCCAGCUCCAGCUCCUCGGACUCAGAGUCUGACGAGGAGCGGGACCUCCCGGAAGCUGGGCCCCGAGUGGGGAGCAAAGGCCAGGGAGGGUCUCCAACCUCAGAGGCCACCCGGCCCUCUGAGAACAGAGCCCCCGGAGUCACGGCGUCUGCAAAAGAGCAGAGCAGGGCGCAAAAGCCACAUACAGAUGUCACCUACCCAGAGAGGGUCUCUCAGCCAAAGAAGAAAAAGAGCCCCCUGAAGCCUUUAGAGGGCAGAGGAGAGGCCACACCACAAUGCAAGUCACCCAGAUCCCAGGCUGAGGGAGAGGUUUUGGAGCAGAAGGCAAAGGAUGAGCAAUUGCAGAAAACUCACAGACCGAAGGAGCUGAAGAAAGGAGGCCAGAGGCCCUUGGGAGUGGAAGGGAUCUCACCUGACCGCACAGAGGCUGGGUUUCCUACACGGCCAGAAGGUGGCCUGGGGUCCACACCAGGGACCCAGGAGGCUUCCUGCCCUGGGCCCCCAGUACCAGAGCCUGGUGGGAAGCUGGCUUCUCCCUGGGAAGAAACAGCUGGGAAGCAGGCAGGAAGAGGACACUCAGAGGCCAAGGAGGAGAUCUUGGAAGAGCAGAGAAGCGUGAGAAGUUCACGGCCAGCUCCUGUCCUGCAGGAAGAGGCUGAGGCUCAGCCCACAGACCGGAAGCUGGAGGAGGGUGCAGCCCCGCCCCCAGAGGCCCCGGAUGACACACAGGAGUCUGCCCAGGCCCCCACGCCUGCUGAACCGUUCGACAACACUACCUACAGGAACCUGCAGCAUCACGCCUACAGCACGUACACCUUCCUGGACCUGAACCUGGAGCUCUCCAAGUUCAGGCUGCCCCAGCCCUCGUCUGGAAGGGAGUCCCCUCGGCACUGAGCGCCUCGGCCUCUGCCCACUCUCCUCCCGCCUGCAGAAAUAAAAUGGCUCCAGAGUUUGGCAUCCAACCCA